CCUGCCUUCGUCCUUCCUUCCGGCGCCUGGGCCCAGAGGAGAGGAGAGGAGAGAGAGAGCAGCGCCUCCGCCGGGGCAGGGAAUGGCGGCCGGGGCGAGCUGAGGAAGCAGCCGAAGAAGGAGCGGGGCGAGCAGAGGCAGCCUUCCUGCUCCUCCUCCUCCUCCGUGCCGCCAUGAGGCUCCUGCGGGCGCUGCUGAGGGGCCUCUCCCCGGCCUCCAUCCCUCAGCAGGUGGACUUCUACUGCCGCUUCUCCCCGUCUCCCCUCUCCAUGAAACAGUUCCUCGACUUCGGAUCUGACAAUGCUUGUGAGAAGACUUCGUUUAUGUUUCUGCGACAAGAGUUGCCUGUAAGAUUGGCAAACAUAAUGAAAGAAAUAAGUUUGCUUCCAGAUAAUCUUCUGAAAACACCUUCAGUUCAACUUGUCCAAAGUUGGUAUGUCCAAAGUCUUCAGGAAAUCCUUGAUUUUAAAGACAAAAGUUCUGAAGAUUCAGAAGCUGUUUCUUGUUUUACAGAUACUGUGAUAACAAUCCGGAAUCGUCACAAUGACGUCAUUCCUACUAUGGCUCAGGGCGUGAUAGAAUAUAAGGAUCACUAUGGUGUCGAUCCAGUGACCAGUCAGAAUGUGCAGUAUUUUUUGGACCGUUUCUUCAUGAGUCGCAUUUCAAUAAGAAUGCUUCUUAAUCAACACACCUUGUUGUUCGGAGGGAAAGUCAAAGUUAAUCCAGCUCAUCCAAAACACAUUGGAAGCAUUGAUCCUAAGUGCAAUGUCGUUGAAGUUAUAAAAGAUGGCUAUGAAAAUGCCAAGAGACUCUGUGACUUAUAUUAUAUGAGCUGCCCGGAACUUGUACUUGAUGAGCAAAAUGUAAAAUCACCAGGGCAGCCUAUGCAGGUGGUGUAUGUACCGUCACAUCUCUACUACAUGGUUUUUGAACUUUUCAAGAAUGCAAUGAGGGCUACUAUGGAACAUCAUGCUGAUCGUGGCAUUUACCCUCCAAUCCAUGUGCAUGUCACAUUAGGCAAUGAGGAUUUGACUGUGAAGAUGUGUGAUCGUGGUGGUGGUGUUCCUUUAAGAAAAAUUGAUCGCCUGUUUAACUAUAUGUAUUCAACAGCUCCACGUCCUCGUGUUGAGACAUCACGAGCAACACCUUUGGCUGGAUUUGGCUACGGCUUACCUAUAUCACGUCUCUAUGCUCAGUACUUCCAAGGAGAUCUGAAGCUUUACUCUCUAGAGGGUUAUGGUACUGAUGCUGUUAUCUUCAUAAAGGCUUUAUCAACAGAAUCUGUUGAAAGAUUGCCCGUGUAUAACAAAUCAGCAUGGAAACAUUACACAGCAAAUCAUGAAGCAGAUGACUGGUGUGUCCCCAGCAGUGAGCCAAAGGACAUGACUACAUUCCGCAGUACAUAGCAUGAUGAGAUAGAUGUACCAAGCUGAAGACAACCUUUAGUACAGCAGUUCUGUCUGUACUGUGUAAAUUUGGCUAACCCAUUACAACUCUAAUAUUUAGUUUGGGGGAGUAGUGAUUGCCACAAAACAGCAGUUAGAAAGCCAUGUUUUUGUUUUCAUUUUAGAGUACAGUGCAAGGUUCAUUCUGAAAAAUAAAUAGUCUAAAUUUAUUCCAAUCCUUCUACCUUAAGCUGUUUCUGUAGCUGAAUCUAAUGUUCUAGUGUUCAGCACCUAGGUUUGAUACAAGGAGACCAGUGACCAGCUUGUUCAAAUAUUAUAUGAUUUAAUUACCAAAAAUUAAUGUAUGGCUAUUUUGUAAAACAUCUCCGAGAAUUAUUUGCACUAUCACAGCACUUUGUUCUGAAGAAUUCAAAAACAUGAGAGACAUUUCAUGAUUUUCAUGUGUUUUUGUAUUUAAAUAUUUCUUGGAAUCAGUCAGUUUGUUCCAUCUAAUGUUAAGCACCAGUCCUAGGGUAAAUAAUUUUUCAACUUUAAAAUCUGUAUGUGUUCCAGCUAAUAUUAAAAGUGCUUAAGUCUAAUUCAUUUUAAUUGAAAGGUUAAACAUGACUGGAAUCCUGUUGUGCUGUUACGAAUGUGUAAACUAGAGUUACAAACUCCUGACUUUCAUAUUCAUGUUCCCUAAGUAGCCCCUAGUUUAGGGAUAUAUAGGGACCAUGAAAGUCUCCCAGUCCCCACAAACUGCAAAGCAGUCAUUGCAAUCAAUGGUGUGGCAUCUGUUCCUUGUUGAUUGGGAAGGUCUUGGCUGAUGGUCCUCCCCACUCCCCCUUGUGUGAGUGAUCUCCAACAUGAGGGGGAAUUCUUACAAGAGGGCCGGCUUCUUACUGUUUCACUGGUAAUAGCUGACAGGAGGGUCUGGGAAUGUCAGUCAGCUUCUUCCUGAGGCACAGAAGAAAUAGAUCUUCAUUAACCAUAGUCAUUGUUGCCUGGUAAGUGAGGAUUGGGGAGGAUGAAGACAGAAGUCACUGCAUAGCACCAUACUUAUGGUGCUUAUGCAGUCAUAACUGCCCAACAGAAUUUUGAACUAUAUAUUUAAAUCCAUUGUCCAUUGACACUGAAAUCCAUGGCACUUAAGAACUUUUAAUUUUGGCUAGAUCAGGUCCUGUUUUCCACCUAGGGAAUUUCAAAUGAAAAUCUAAGUUGGGUACAGUGAGCCUGCUGUAUUGGUGGGUUGGCCAUUUGUGGAUUAGCGCUCUUGCAGAUUGCCUUGCCCCAUGUUAGCCAGUGAUUGCACACUGAUCAGGUGUGCAAAUCACUGUCCAAUGACUAAUAUGGGCUUGAGCUACAGUUUCUCCUGUCUGCAAGGUAGCCUGCAACCAACCAACCUCCCCAGCCAGAUGGGAAGGCCCCACUGUAUUACAUAAAAGUAGCAUUAAAAUAUCAAAAGAAAUUGAUUUUUAAAAUACUUGUUUCUAUACAGCUUGCCCUAUACUUGCCUGUCAGCAGCAACACAUGUAGCAGAAACACUAAGCACCACUGGUUUCUACUGAUGAAGGUUGGUUUAACCUUUAACGGUGCCAAUAUACAAUGCAAGUUCAGUGGUAUUUUCUACAGAGCUGGUUAUACAAAUGGAAAAUUUCUCUUUUCUGUUGUAGAGAUUUUAAAAGUUAAUGGUUUCAAAAGUACAGUACUUAAUUCUUUUACUGACUUUUACUACCACUUUCAGGGAAAUAAGUGAUGUUGAUAAAGCUUUGCCUGUCUCUAAACUGAAUGUCAUUAACACUUGCACUAGUUUUGCAAACAACAACACGCUUUAAGUUGUGAAGACAAUUUGGUCACUAUGGGCAAGUGCACUUUGACAUCUGCUUGAUACAGCUUUUGUGUACUGACACAGUUUUUCUUAAAAUAUUGGUUAAAGCUUUUUUCCCACGCUAUAAUUUAAUGCAAUUUCAGAACUCUAAAUUCUUUUUCAGAGUAUUACAUUGCUUUAGUCUUUUAAUUGCAUUGCUAUAUAUAUUAAACUCUUUGUUUAUGCUUUCCCCAUCUUCUUCCAGUCAAAUCUGACCAACAAGCCAUGUAAGCUAAUUAAAUCAGGUAAUUAAGCUAAACCAGAUAAUUAAAAGAAUUAACCCAGGUAAGGAAUUAAACCAGUUCCAUUCCAUUGAGUUCAGUAGAAUUUUUAUAUAUUUGGCAAUGGUUAUUAUUGUCAUAGUAAUGUUUAAACCACAGCCCUGUAUGUCUGCUCAGAAGUGGGGCUUCCAAUUUGAUAAGGGAUUUCAGGCUGAAUAUGGCAGUCCUAAGCACAUUUUUAGGGCGUUAGUCCUGUGGAAUGCAAUGAGGAUUAUGUAUGACCUAGGUAGACACAAGAUGUUUCUUUUAAGUGAUUCUAAUUACAAACUGCAAGGAAAAUGUGAACUUUUAAGUUAUGGAUAAAACAUAGUUGCUCACAAGAAAUUAAUUCAGUCAAUGCAAAGGAUAUUUAAAAUGUACAAACUCUGUUACAGAUCCAUACAGCUAAUUAAGCUGUGGCACAACAUAACUGUCAAUAACUGCUCUCAACUUGAUGAACGUAAAAUCUCAGGUCCUGUGAAUCUUUCUUGGUAUGGUACUUCUGUCCAGCAAUCUUAUAAUCAAAAUGGAGAAGAUCCCUACAAUUCUUUCUUCCUUGCAGGCCUCUAUUGCUCUCAAAUCACAUUAACUAGCUUUAAUUUGUAUCCGUAAUUGAAAUACUUUAUCACUGAUUGCUGACAUGCACAUACAAAAAUAAAGAAUGUACUUUUAGGUAGUUUGAAUGGAACAGAAAUCAGUGAAAUACAGGCCUAAAUACUAGUUUUACUUUUCAUUAGAGUUGACCCAUUGAAUCAAUAGAAACUUGGUAAGCCAACACUUACAUUAGUUCAGUGGGUCUACUCUAGUAGGUCGCAAAAGUAUUUCAUAGUAGUAUUUUAGGCCAUGCUCUUAAAAACAUUUUAUUUAGGUUGUUGUUGUUUUUUUUAAAACCCUUUGAAGAGCAACAGUAGUGCCAAAUUGUUUGGGGAAAAUAGGCAGGGAAGGUGGAACUGCAGAAUAGACUUUCAGAUAUACUUUCAGAUAUAUUUUAUUGUAUAAUAUUAUGAGAUCCCCCAUCCUCACAUCAGUAAUAGAGCUGUAUGUGGAUUCAGUAACAGAGGCUGGAAACCUCUUGGUGCACUACAGUGAUGUGCACUGUUACCUCAUGUAGCAGUGGUAAGGGAAGGCAAGCAGAAUCUGCCUGCUUCAAGCCCCUUGUGGCUCCAAUGCCUGACUUCCUUCAUUGCUACUGUACUUGCUUUCUUUUUCCUUCUGCUACUGUAUACAUUGCUAUAGCUAUGUAUGUGUAGUGCACUGAUAGGAUUCUGGCCAAGAUGUACUAUACAGAGGUCCCCUUUAUUUUCCAGUUUCAGCUUUAUGCAUUGCCCCGAUACUCAAAAAUUUACUGAUCUUCAGAUGAAGGGAAACGGGGGCUGGAUUUGCCAUCCUCAGUGAAAUUGCAGUUUUAAAGACAUUCAUAAUUAGGGUUCUAGCCUUCACCUCUUAGGUGCAGCUUUGUCUGAAGUUUGAAAAUAAUAUGGGCAAGCUCAAAAUGAACCCGCUAAGAUUUGCAUUAAUGUUUAGAUAUAUAUUAGCUGAACUGGAUGAAAAUAUUGACAAUAAUUACUAGGGAAAACCAUUAACAGCUGUUUGUGGUGUGCAGCUGAAGAGUUCAAUCCCAGACAUUUAUUUGCUGUUAUUUUGAUGUUUGAUCCCAUUAAUAUACAGUAUUUCAGAGAAUAUAAUUGACAAUGCACCUUUACAGGUAUUCAUUUGCUGCUAGUCCUAGAACUAGGUUUCAAAAUUUGCUUGCAGCUGGAAAUGUACACCACACAUUUUGUAUAUAGAAUUUUAAUCUUCUACUGUGAAAAUAAUUUUGGUUGGCAAGAUGGAUUACAGUGAUUUUUGUAAGAAACAAUAAAAUAAGCAUUUUAAAAUAAAA